AGCAGUUGUGUUUCAUGAAGUGAAUGUGCUAAUAUUAGUCCAUCGUCUGCAAAGAACACGGUCAGCUGUCGUCGCGUCGGGCGGCGGAAUUUCCAGGCGCGGCGCGGGGCCGGCCCGCUCCUCGCGCAGGGCUCAGUCGCUGGACGCGGUGGCCGCUGGAGGCGGGUGGGCUGACGGUGACGACGCUCGGCACGAUGGACCGCACACGGAGGAUAGCCGCCCUGCUGCUGCUGGUGGCGGUAGGAGCGAGCGCCACCUUCGAGCUACCACAGUAUGAUCCAGUGCUGGGGGACGUGUUUCCCGUGCUGGUGGAGGCCCGAAGCAGCAGUUUCCACCGGGAUUGCCACCAGAAGGCCGAGUGCGUUCCCAUCAGCAGCUGCCCCAAGCUCUAUGAGCUGCUCAGCCUGCCCACCAUUCAGAGUGUACGCAGACUGAAAGCCAGCACGUGCAGGAUAGUGGACAGGAAACCAUUCGUGUGCUGCUAUAAAAACGAUAUACUUCCAUCCCCCGAGCAGCCGCCCUCAACUGAGGCCGAGACGGGGACUCCGAAAACCGACACAAGACACGAGCAGCCACCUGCUGAGCCCGAGCAGCCACCUGCAGAGUCCGAGCAGCCGCCUGCUGAGCCCGAGCAGCCGUCUGCUGAACCCGAGCAACCGGCUGCUGAGCCAGAGCAGCUUCCCGUUGAGCCAGCCUCGACACCAUCAGAAGCCGUUGACACAGCUGUAGCACCAGCUGAAGCACCUGCCGACCCAGUACCGGAGCCAGCGGAGGCGCCCGCCAACACGUCUUCAGCCGCCGAGGAAGGCGAACUAGUGGCGCGGUUCUUCUCGUCCAGCGAUCCCAGCCAAGAGGUGCACGAGGAGCUGGAUUAUCUGGACGAGCACGAGGAAUUCCAUGAGUGCGGCUUCGGCAGGCUGGCCACGCGCAUCUUCGGCGGUGUCGAAGCGCUUCCCCACAGCUGGCCGUGGAUCGCCGUGCUCGGCUACGGCUUCGUGCCGGAGGACGUGUACUGGGCGUGCGGCGCCACGCUGGUCGGGCCCCGGCACGUGGUCACGGCAGCACACUGCGUCACGGAGGAGACCGCCGACGGCCUGCAGGUGGUCACAGACCUCCAGCGGGUUCGUCUGGGCGAGCACGAUCUGUUCAACGACAACGACGGGCCGGUGGUGGACGCCAUCCCGGAGCGGAUCAUCGUGCACGAUAACUACACCGGUCGGCCCGAGUACAGUAACGACAUCGCCCUCAUCCGACUGGACAGGAGGGUCAACUACACAGAGAACAUUUCGCCGGUGUGUCUGCCGGGAGUGCUGCGUCCACCGGUGGAGAUACCGAGCGAAGACCAGCCCGCCGCCACCGUCACACCGAAUGCCGAGGAGAACGAGUUCAUAGUGUCGGGAUGGGGCAGCGACGGGGUGCGUCACGGCACCGACCGGCUGAGGGAGGUGACCGUCACACAGGUGAACGGCACAGUCUGCAGACAACACUUCGGCAGGUUCGGUAUCCCGGUGCGGGACACCAUUCAGCUGUGUGCCGGAGGCCAGGGCGUCGACAGCUGCAGCGGAGACUCCGGAGGGCCACUCAUACAGGACACGGGCAUGCAGUACGAGCUGGUGGGCGUGGUCAGUCUGGGCGGGGUCAUCUGCGGAGGUCAGAUCCCCGGCCUGUACACGCGCGUGCAGGCCUACACCGAGUGGAUGGCCGCUGUCAUGGCGGAGGUGUAGAAGGCGGGACGGAACGCUGCGACAACUCAUCACAGAGGCGUGCGGGGAGCGUGUGGAUAUCGCAUAUUGCGGAUCCAACAGGGGCUGACCCGUAUUGUGUCAGUGAGGUGUCAGUGACGUUUUGGAAAUAUCAGUGAGUCAUAUGAGAAACCAGUGCGGAUAUCGCAAUGACCAAGAUACUUAUCUAUCUAAUGACUAAACAUCGAUAGCUAUCGACGAUAGUCGUUAUAAUGCGUCAAGUAUAGUCAUUUUUUGUACUGAAAGAUCUUGAUAAAAUGGCUCUUUCGUAAAAAGUCAGACACAAUUCGUGUCACAGGCAUCAUGUCGCCAAAAACUAUAAAUGAUGGUGAAGCGUAUCUUGUGUGAGACUUCAAUGGGGUUACAUGAAAUACAAAGGAUGUACGAA